AUGUCCGCCUACGAACGCGAACAACAAAACGACUCGCGCCUCGAUGAACUCGCAUCCAAAGUCUCUGCGCUACGCGGUAUAACAGUGGAUAUAUACGACAGCGCACGCGACCAGCAUGUUCUCGACAACACUAACGAAACCUUCUCCAACAUGGCCACAUCCCUCAAAGGCUCAGCAAGUCGACUGACGCGCAUGGCGGCGUCAGGGAAUAAAGUAGCGAUAUUCAAGCUGAGCGGCAUGAUUGUGGCAGCGUUUGUCGUGCUGUAUUGGAUUUUCCAUUUGAUCUUCUGA